AUGCCCCCAAGCAGCCAGCGGCCAGCAAGCACCCUCACGGGAGCGCCCUCUCCCCAACACAGGGGUCCCUCUGUGCGCCCCCGCCCCGACCCCGGGCAGCAGGAAACCAGGCUGCGGACUUGCACGGACACGGACACACGGACGGAGACGGACGCGGAAUGGCCCGCCGGGCCCGGGGGCGGGGCGCCCGCUGACCACGCCCCGCCCCGGAAGUGGGGACGGCGUCCGCUUCCCCUUCCGGCCGGCGCGCCCGGGGCCGCGGGGUGCUGCUCGCGGGGUGCCCUCCGCCCGCCCCCCGUGUCCUCCCCGCUCUGUAGCAACGACUUCCUUCGGCGCCUUCGCCGCCUCCGUCUGCACCCCGGACCUGGCUGCCGGGGUUCCUGCGACCCUGCCGACCCGGAGGUCACGGCAAGCCUGGGGAAGCUGGCUCGGCUUCCAAGUGCGUGUGUCCCCCGCCCACCCCUUGUCCCCUGGGCCCUCACACACCGCACUAAAACCCUGAAGAUCAUAGUCACGCUGCCGGAGAGCCAAGGAGUCCACCCUCGCCCACAAGGUAACCGCUGUCACCGAAGGACCUUCGGGCCGCUCUUCCUUCCGGCUGAGCCUCUCCCUCUUCAGCGGCCUGUGGGUUACCCUGAGGCGCUACCUUCCCAUCUGGGAUGGUGGAGGACGGAGGACUCCAGACUGCGGGGAGCUGCCCAGGGCGCACCGCCUUCUCCACAAGCCAUCCUGCGUACUCCCUUCUGCAAGGCGGGGAGGCAGGGCUUCCAGGAGCCGCUCCACAGAUACUCACAUUUCCAAGAACUACGUCUGGAGUGGGCUUGGGGAAAGGCCCAGCGUGGGCAGAGUGGGCUGCUCGGCGUACCAUGUGCUGUGUGACAUUGGCUCCCACCGCCAGCCCGAGCCCCGCGUUGCCUGUGUCACCUGCCGAGAAGAGGAGACUCGAGUGCCUCAUGAGACGUCACUGUGACAGAACAGGUCCUUGCUCUCAGUCCCAAACAUGGGGAUUAACGGGGUGUGUCUGCACAUGAUGGAGCACACUGGGGCCAGUGGGGCCAGGGAAGAGACCAGGUGCACAGGACGGCAGCCUUUAUUAACAGGGCUCGGCAUCUUCCUGCCUCAUCUGUGAAACUACUUAUUUUUUGAACUUUUUCCUCUUCAGAGCCUUCCAUUCACCUUCCUGAGUGGCCAGACUGUUAAAAAGCUGUUUCACUUUUCGCUUUCUUUCCGCAUCCCUUAAAAAAAAUAAAUCAUUUUUACAUUA